AUGUCGAAGAGUUCUGGAGGGGACAGAUGGCUAAGUGAGCUUGGCUACAAGCUGGGCCAAACCCUUGGCGAGGGGAGCUAUUCCAAGGUGCGGGUAGCCACCUCAGCCAAGUACAAAGGCCCACUUGCCAUCAAAGUGGUAGACCGGCGACGGGCACCCCCUGACUUUGUACACAAGUUUCUCCCAAGAGAGCUCUCCAUCUUACGGUCAAUUCGCCAUCCAAACAUAGUACGUGUUUUUGAGUUCAUUGAGGUUUGCAACGGGAAACUUUACAUUGUGAUGGAAGCUGCUUCCACCGACCUACUACAGAUGGUGCAACAACUCGGAAAGCUCCCCUGUACUCCAGAAGCUCGGGACAUCUUUGCUCAGGUGGUGAGUGCUGUCCGCUACUUGCAUGACCGGAAUUUGGUGCAUCGGGACCUUAAGUGUGAGAACGUGCUGCUCGCUGCAGAUGGCCGCCGAGCAAAGCUGACGGAUUUUGGCUUUGGCCGGGAGUCCCGUGGGUAUCCAGACCUCAGCACUACUUACUGUGGAUCUGCUGCCUAUGCCUCCCCUGAAGUCCUGCUGGGCAUUCCUUAUGACCCCAAGAAAUAUGACGUGUGGAGCCUGGGUGUUGUGCUGUAUGUGAUGGUGACUGGUUGCAUGCCUUUUGAUGACAGCCACAUCCAUAGUAUGCCUCGUCGCCAAAAGAAGGGAGUCUUCUACCCAGAUGGCCUUCCUAAAUUGCCUGAGCCAUGCACAUCCCUUAUAGCCCAACUACUCCAGUUCAGCCCAGCCUCUCGGCCUGGAGUGGGCCAGGUGGCCAAAAACAGCUGGCUGAAAGGGGGGAAUCUAAACAGAGACACCUCUUACAGACAGCUCAAGGGUCAACAGCUAGAGUUUUGA